GCCGAUAACACUACAGUAAGUACAUCAAUGGGACAUCAAUUUCUGUGAAAAAUAGAAGGUCUUUGACUGCUGCCUCAUUUAUCCAAUUCUACGGAUCCAUCGCCAACUACACACCCCCAACAAAGCCGCCAUCUUUUGAGUUAUCAACCACAAUUUAGACAAGCUUCUUGUGAAUUUCUAAAAUAUGGAAAGUAGUAGCGGAGGCGUAGUUGUAUCAAAAGGGAUGCAGAAUCCAUUUACUUUGAAGGUGGGUAAAGUAUUCACUGGAUUUGGCGUCGGCUGUGGUGCUGGUAUCGGCGUUGGCAGGCCUAUAAAUCUAGGUGCAAUACCAGUAUUAAAUCAAGUAAUGGGUGCUGCUAGAGGAGCAACAGAUGUUUUUUCAGGUGUUGGAAGACAUGUUAACAACUCUUUGAAUAAAGUGGGAGCGAAAAACAUUAAAGUAGGCAUUGGGUGUGGAGUUGGUUUUGGCCAUGGUUUUGGAGUUGGUCUUGGUAUAAAGCCUUGGGUGUUACAGCAAAUACAAACAAGCCUUGUACAAACAGCUACAAAGUUGAUGAUGAAAUUUGGAAUGACACCCAACUUAUCAAGUGUUACUGGAGGCAUGUUUCCCCAAUCAUUACAAUUACAAAGUGAGAAGGUUAUCAACAACUUCUUGAAAAAUCCUCUUCUAGAAGGUGAAGCGAAGAAUCAGGUGGGUCCCUUGCAUUCUAAGGAGGAGGUCAUUGAAUUGGUUUUAAAACAACAACUUGCUCUUGAGAAACUUAAGGAAGAAAAUGAGAAGCUUCGAGAAAUAUUAGUGGAAGACUUGAAAAUUUCACCUGAUAAGUUUAAAGUGAAUGGGUACUAUUCAGGUACAAAUAUGUAUACAUGUAAUGAUUGUUUGGAGUGUCGAAGGAGACAAAGAAGAGAUAGGAGAAAGUAAAAGUUUAUACUCAAUUGCUUAAAUCAAUGAGAAAUGCUUUUUUUCUUUCACAAGCAAUAAUAAUAAGAGUAAAUUACAGUUUGGUCCUUGUGGUUGGCACAAAUUUUUGGUUUGCAAAACUAAUGAAAUUGCCAACCACCGGGACAAUUGGUGUCAAAUUUGCAAAACUAGAACCAAAACUGCCAACCACAGGAUCAACUGUAAUUUACUCUAAUAAUAAUAUGAUGAUAACAACUAUAAUCAAAAGUAGGGCCACGGAAAUAAAUGGGUUUGGGUUUAGUUUUUCGACCCGUUUAUUAUACGGGUCGUGUUCUUGUUGGCAAAUAGUUUCACGGAUUGGCCUGCUAAUCCGUUUAUUUUGUUAGAUUAAAAAAAUAAAAUAUUUAUUUAUUAAAUAAAUGAGUAAAUAAAAAUUUUAUCUAAUGAAAUAAACGGGUUGGUUGGUCAAUCCAUGAAACUAUUUGCCAAGAACACGGCAUGUAUCAUACUAAGCGACAAAGGAAUUUGUUUGGAGAAA